AUGAACGACAACACAAUAAUAGAUUAGUAAAUGAUAGAGGAAGAACAAUAAUUAGAUUAAGAUACUAUUAUUGCAGAUGCUAUAAUGGCUGAAUAAAUAUAAUUAUAGGAUGAAAACAUUGAAUACCAAUAAUAAAAAAUAAAUUUAGAUCACAUACAAUUAAAAACUUUUGAAUAAAUAAACUUAUAAUAAUAGAUAGGAAUCAGUGCAUUAUAAUAUUUAGAAAACUAAGGAAAUAAUUAGUAAGAUUUAUUCAUAGCUUCUGGAAUAAAUGAAAUUGAUAAAUUGCUAAGUAAAGGAAUUAGGACUGGGAUUAUUACUGAAAUAUAUGGACCAGAUUAAUCUUGUAAAACAUCACUAGCCUUAUAAUUCGCACUAAACGCAAUUAUAUCAGAAAAAAGCGAUUAAAAAGUUUGUAGUAUUUAUAUUUCAACAUCUAAAAAACCUCAUCAGAUAAGAAUAAAUUAAAUUAUAGAUGGAAUUAAGCAGAGAAACGAAUAUAGUGAUUAAAAAAUAAUGAGUUGCUUGGAUUAAUUCCAAGAGGUGUUCAUAACUGAAAAUUUUAAGCUAGAAGAAUUUAUCAAUGAGGAUUUAUAAGAAUUCUACAAUAAGUAUAGCAAAGUUAGGUUAAUUGUUAUAGAUAAUAUAUAUGACUUAGCCAGCUAAAUUGAAGAAUUCAAAUUAAAACAAUAAUUUUUAUUUAACUUAGUCAAUAUUUUCAAAAAAAUAGCUCAUGAAAAGCAAACAGCUAUUAUUUUUGUAAAUAAUGUAGUUGACCAAAUAAGUGAUCAUAAUUAAACUAAUUUAUUUACAAGUACAACUAGUUCAGUACCUGCUUUGGGAAACUACUGGACCCACUUAAUCAAUGAGCGAUUACAUUUAAAUUUACUCGAUUAAUAUGCUCCCACAGUAAAAACAAAAUUAAGAACUUUAUCCAUUAAAUUAUCUCCUAGAAUCCCUUAUGGAUUUUUAAAAUUUUAUCCAGAUAAUUUUGGCUUUACUAUUUCAAAUUGA